AUGAUUAAGAAGAGACCUUUCAGAUAUAUUAAAGGUUCAUAUAAAGGUGAAAAAGUUUGGCAAGAAAUUAUUGCAGACAUCAAUAGACAAGUAAAAGCUAGAGUGAACAACAAGAAUUAUGAAAUGGACGACAUCGACGCAGUAAAGGAUAGAUUUUUCGGAAUAAUGAAUAAUUUUUUUCGAGCUUGCAAGAAGAAUAAAAAGUCAAUUAACGACUUCACUAAUUGGGAAAAGACCUUAUUAAUGGCAAGAAAUAUGUACGAUGAGGAUGUAGCUAGUGAAAAAGCGCUUGAUUGA